GCGUCCCUUGGAGCUCGCGAGUGGCGGCGGCAGCCGCCCGGGUGGCUGGGCCCACGCAGGUAAGGGGCUCGCGCCGGCCCCUCUGCAGCUCCCGGGACGCGGCCUCUGACAGGUGAAGCCGCGCGGGCGAGCGGGGCAACCGGGCUGCUCCUUGCUCGUGCGAGGAAGGCAGGGGUGUCCGCUGCCAACAGAACCUGGGAUCCUGAGCGGCCGGGAAGGGAAGCCAGUGGAGCUGCCGGUUCAGGAGUCAGAAAGGUGCAGUUAAAGGGAAAACAGUGCUGAAGAAAUCUGCAUUUGUGAAAUCUGAGGGUCCGUGUUCACGCUGACUAUAGCACACUAGAAGGCUACCAGAAAUGAUGAGUGCCUGGAGUCACUGAAGUGUCCCGUAGAGACGUCCUCUUCCCCAGAGGGACUGCCUGUGCUUCAUGCAGCCAUGGACCUUGAUAAACCGUCUGUCUGGGGUUCAUUUAAACAGCGGACCAGGCCUUUGUUGGUCAACCUGAGCAAGAGGAAGGUGAAGAAGACCUCGAGCAAAGCCCUGGACUUACGGGCCCAGCAUCAUCUGGACCGCCGCCUGAGCCUGUCCGUCCCGGACCUCCUGGAGGCCGAGGCCCUGGCCCCCGCGGGGCGGCCUUACUCCGGCCCCCAGUCAUCCUACACCUCGGUGCCUAGCAGCCUAUCGACCGCCGGCAUCGUCCCCAAGAGCAGCAGUAGCUCUUUGAAGCAGUCUGAAGAAGAACUGGAUUGGAGUCAGGAAGAAGUGGGCCCCUUCCAAGUGGGGGAAACAGACCCUGAGGAGCCCUUCACUUCUCCCGCCAAGGACAGGAGGGCUUCCAGCAACGGCUCCUUGGGUCUGCUCCAGAAAACGCCCCCUGGAGAGGAUGCCCCCGAAGGGCCAGAGAAGCUCUGUGGAAGUGGUGAUCUGAAUGCUGCUCUGACAUCUCAACAUUUCAAAGAGCAAUCUGGUCUCAGGGAAGCUGGCGAUGGCUUGAGUAACCUGCCCAGCCCUUUUGCCUACCUUCUCACCAUCCACCUGAAGGAAGGUCGGAACCUGGUGGUCCGGGAUCGCUGUGGCACGAGUGAUCCCUAUGUGAAGUUUAAGCUGAAUGGGAAGACCCUGUACAAAAGUAAAGUCAUAUAUAAGAACUUGAACCCAGUUUGGGACGAGAUAGUCGUAUUGCCAAUUCAAAGCCUUGAUCAAAAGCUGCGUGUGAAGGUAUAUGAUCGAGAUUUAACUACAUCUGAUUUCAUGGGUUCUGCAUUUGUCAUUUUGAGUGAUCUUGAGCUUAACAGAACGACUGAGCAUAUCUUAAAAUUGGAAGAUCCAAACAGUUUAGAAGAUGACAUGGGAGUGAUUGUAUUAAAUUUGAACCUAGUAGUGAAACAGUGUGAUUUCAAGAGACACCGUUGGUCGAAUCGGAAGCGGUUAAGUGCCAGCAAGUCCUCUUUGAUACGCAACCUCCGGCUCUCAGAGUCCUUGAAAAAGAACCAACUCUGGAACGGGAUUAUAAGUAUAACUUUGUUGGAAGGAAGGAAUGUCUCAGGCGGAAGCGUGGCAGAGAUGUUUGUCCAGUUGAAACUGGGAGAUCAGAGGUAUAAAAGUAAGACACUGUGUAAGAGUGCAAAUCCGCAGUGGCGGGAACAGUUUGACUUUCACUACUUCUCUGACAGGAUGGGCAUUUUGGACAUUGAAGUGUGGGGAAAGGACAGCAAAAAGCACGAGGAACGUUUGGGCACGUGUAAAGUGGAUAUCUCAGCCCUCCCACUCAAGCAAGCCAACUGCUUGGAGCUGCCAUUGGAAAGCUGCCUGGGGACCCUUCUGAUGCUGGUCACCCUCACGCCCUGUUCAGGGGUCUCGGUCUCAGAUCUGUGUGUGUGCCCCUUGGCAGACCCCAGCGAGAGAAAGCAGAUCGCCCAGCGCUUUUGCUUACAGAACUCCCUGAAAGAUAUGAAGGACGUCGGCAUUUUACAAGUGAAGGUUUUAAAGGCAGUAGAUCUCUUAGCGGCAGAUUUCUCAGGGAAGAGCGAUCCCUUUUGCUUGUUGGAGUUAGGAAAUGACCGACUUCAGACACAUACCAUUUACAAAAACCUCAACCCUGAGUGGAACAAAGUUUUUACAUUUCCCGUUAAAGAUAUCCAUGAUGUUUUGGAAGUGACAGUGUUUGAUGAAGAUGGAGAUAAACCUCCUGAUUUUCUUGGGAAAGUCGCCAUUCCCUUGCUGUCUAUUCGAGAUGGACAGACAAACUGUUACGUGUUGAAGAAUAAAGAUUUAGAACAAGCUUUUAAAGGAGUUAUUUACUUGGAGAUGGACCUCAUAUAUAAUCCGAUCAAAGCAAGUAUUCGGACCUUUACUCCCAGAGAAAAGCGGUUUGUUGAAGAUGGCCGCAAGCUGUCCAAAAAGAUCUUAUCCAGAGAUGUAGACCGAGUGAAGAGACUCACCAUGGCUAUGUGGAAUACAAUACAGUUCCUUAAAAGCUGCUUCCAGUGGGAAUCCACGCUGAGAAGUACAGUAGCAUUCAUGGUGUUCUUAGUCACUGUCUGGAACUUUGAACUCUACAUGAUCCCUCUGGCUUUAUUGCUCCUCUUUGUCUACAAUUCCAUCGGAACCGUGAGAGGGAAGGGUGGCAGCAUCCAGGACAGCCAGGAGAGCCCAGACAUGGAUGAGGAGGAGGAUGAAGAUGACAAGGAAUCUGAGAAGAAGGGCUUAAUUGAAAGAAUCUAUAUGGUUCAGGAUAUUGUCUCAACUGUUCAGAACAUCUUGGAGGAGUUAGCCUCUUUUGGAGAAAGAAUUAAGAACACGUUUAACUGGACGGUCCCGUUCCUUUCAUUCCUGGCCUGUUUGAUACUGGCGGUUGCCACCGUCACACUGUAUUUCAUUCCACUCCGGUACAUCAUUUUAAUCUGGGGCAUAAACAAAUUCACUAAGAAGCUUCGAAACCCCUAUGCCAUCGACAAUAAUGAGCUUCUGGACUUCCUCUCCAGGGUACCAUCUGAUGUGCAAAAGGUGCAGUACACGGAGUUGAAGCCGGGCAGCAGCCAGAGCCCAGUUCGGAAGAAGCGCAACGCGCUCUAGCACACACACUGACUGUGGACGCCAGCAGCCGAUGGCGUGUUGGACGGAUGAGACCCGGUUCUCUGUCGUUCGGUGGCAGCCGUGGUGUCUUUCUGAGAUGCGUGCCGUGUGGAGCCGUCUUUACCCUCCCCGUCUUCACGGCAUAGAUGCACGUGCCCAUGGGCGCAUCCUUGUACAGGGGUAAUCGGCUUGCGUCUGGAGUCAGCCCAGCGAAAGGAAACACCCCAGAGACUGUAAAAGACCAACAUCCCUUCUUCCAACAGAUUAAAGCAAGCGUCCAGGGGUCUCAGCACCCUCCUUGAGAACAGCCAGGAGGCCACUUAGAUGCCAGCAUGACUUUGAACUUGUUUUCGCAUCUCUGACAGUUUCGCAUCAAGAUUCAGUGACGUUCACUCGCACCCCCACCCUCCUUUCGGAUGAUUGUUUUUUUUUUUUUUUUUCCC